UACCUUUGCUUAGUCAACGGGUUGUAGUUUGGCAAAAAAAAAUGUAUAGAUCACGUAUAAAUACUUGGUCAAGAUGAGCGAAAACCUACACUUUAGAUCAGGAUUCGCCACAAUGAACACUAUCACAAGCCUCUGUUUCCUCGUAUGCGCCUGUUUGGCGUUCACCACUGCUUUGCCCGUCGACCAACAAGCGGCAGCACCCAUUGUUGUUGCUGAAGAAACCCUGGAACCUCAGGAGUCUGCUUGGGGCGGCUACGGACGAUACGGUGGCGGAUAUGGCGGAUAUUAUGGGGGAGGUUAUGGCGGAGGUUUUGGCGGAUAUCGGAGGUUCGGCGGCUUUGGAGGCGGAGCUGCCAUCGGGGUCGUCAAAUUUGGCGGGAUUGGAUAUGGCGGAGGACUGGGAUAUGGCGGUUUCCGUGGCGGAUAUGGCGGAUUCGGUGGAGGAUACGGUGGCGGUUUCUAUGGUUGAUAGAAAGUAACCUUUUUGGUUUAGUGAAUGUGAACCGUGUCUUACAAUCUGUGAUGAUAAAUGUUAUUUUAAAUAAAUUCUUAGAGUAAGAACUUA